CCCACAAGCACGCUCACGCACGCACCGUGCGCAAGAAUUCAACGCCAAACCAAGCGAAAGUCGCGAGCAUAGAGAAUCCCCCGAUACGACGCCAGCAACAAACGACCCCCUUCGACAACCCACGACCGACCGACCGACGACAUAUACAACGUGAGUCGACCCGCUACCCCUGCGCGCCUGCCAUCCUCGCAAUUUUUACAUACGGAACGCUAAUAAAUCGACAGAAUGGGUCGCCUUCAUGAGUACCAGGUCAUCGGACGCAAGCUGCCUUCCGAUGUCGAGCCUACCCCCAAGCUCUACCGGAUGCGUCUCUUCGCCCCGAACACCGUCGUUGCGAAGUCCCGUUUCUGGUACUUCUUGAAGAAGCUCCGCAAGGUCAAGAAGAGCGCCGGUGAGAUCGUGUCGCUCAACGAGAUCCACGAGAAGCGGCCCACCAAGGUCAAGAACUUCGGUAUCUGGAUCCGUUACGACUCGCGCUCUGGUACCCACAACAUGUACAAGGAGUACCGCGAGAUGUCCCGUGCCCAGGCCGUCGACGCCCUGUACCAGGACAUGGCUGCCCGCCACCGUUCCCGAUUCAGGUCGAUUCACGUCCUCAAGGUUGUCGAGGUUGAGAAGACCGCCGACAUCCGCCGCCCCUACAUCAAGCAGCUUCUGUCGAAGAACCUCAAGUUCCCCCUCCCCCACCGUGUACCUCUCGUCAAGAGGGUUUUCGCCGCCAGACGACCAAGCACCUUCUAAACGAUCGGAGCAUGUUGUAUUUCUGGUUUUCGUUGUCGGCUGCUCUGGGAGUUUGGUGGGGCACGAGUGGUUACUCGUGGGUGACGUUCCGCAAUGAUUAUUAAAAAUACUUUGCGAAAAUCAAAAAGUCGUCGACCACUCCAUAGUCUUCAAUGUGAGGGAUAUGUAGCGAGAGCAAGCAAGCGCACCGCCAGCCUGGUGCUCGGCACCAUACUCGUGUACUGUAACGUUCCACAUCCGACGUGAUCACUUCAGGUGACAAAUUAAUAUCC